AUGACAGCUUCUUCGGAGGGGACUUUGGACGACGGGAUAACGGCAGGCCCUGGAGGAGGCCUAGAUAGCUCACAGAUCAAGAGGUACAUGGUGGACGCCGCUGACCAGGAGAAGAUUGAGGCCUCCAAGAAUGAGUUGCACAACCUACUGGACAAACCCCAGCUGCAGGGCAUUCCGGUCAGCAGUGCAUUGGAGUACAUGGUGGACGCCGCUGACCAGGAGAAGAUUGAGGCCUCCAAGAAUGAGUUGCACAACCUACUGGACAAACCCCAGCUGCAGGGCAUUCCGGUCUUAGUCCUGGGUAACAAGCGAGACCUUCCAGGAGCACUGGAUGAGAAGGAGCUGAUUGAGAAAAUGAAUCUUUCUGCCAUCCAGGACCGAGAGAUCUGCUGCUACUCCAUUUCCUGCAAAGAAAAGGACAACAUUGAUAUCACCCUACAGUGGCUUAUUCAACACUCAAAGUCACGGAGAAGCUGAGACUGCGGUCCUUCCCCCUCGGACCAGGGACCUGCUGUCAUCCAAACCCGAAGCCGAGCUCCCCGCCCACCCUGCCGUCCCCCCUAAGCCCGUCCCUCCUCACUCAGCGUGGGGAGGGACCCUCUGGGGAUCCCAGAGUCCUGUUCUGCUGAGGUUUGAACUCCUGAUUUUAUUGUAAAAUAAACCGCUCCCAUUCUGGCCCCCUAACCUCUCGCCCUUCCCCUUCCCUCUGCCCUCUGCCGGCCCUGCUUCCGGCCCCUUAACAGCCCUGGCCCCAUAGCCCCUGCCCUCCUCUCUCCCGUGCCCCACUCCUACACUGCCCUUUUCAACACUCUUCUGUUGUUGUCCUGUGUGUACAGUAUAUAUAUGUAUAUAUAUUUUAAUUUUUUAAUUUAAGCAAAGACUAAAAUCAACCAUUUGAUGCUGCAGGGGCCCGUCAGGACCCGGGAGGGGGGCGGUCUGGAAAGAAGGAAAGAGAUGCGGGGUGGGCUUGGGGCAGGUUCAGAUUAGGAAAGUGAAGGCUGGCACCUGGGGGGCAGGUACCAGCCAGGGCACUGGCGGCCAUCCCCAUGUCGCGUUCAUUUCCACUUCCCGAUCUGGCUUGUCCCCGUAGUGCUUGAACGUCACAGGCUGACUGCCACCUCCGGAGGUGCCCCUGUCUGCCCCCCUAGCCUCAGUAGGGCCACCAGGCACAACCAGGUGCCAGAGAGCACCAGGCGGAAAGGGCAGGAGGCCAGCGCCCGGGGCGCCCCAGCAGCCCCUCCUGCCCGUUCCUGGCUCCCAGCUCCUGCCCCUUCCUGGGGCCCCCAACUCCAUGGGCCACCUCAUUUUCUGUUCUCAUUUUGCAGAGUUGCACAAGGAGAGAACUCAGCAUGGGGGGUUGGUUCUUUGGGUUUUGUUUUCUGUUGGUUUAUGUGUUUAAUUUAAUGAUUUGUAAAGUGAUGUUCCUCUUCCUUUUUUACACUUUUCAGCUCAUAUUUAACCUCUGUUUGGAAAAUGAUUCUUGUAACU